AUGUCUGGACAGGGCGAUCGUUUCAAUAUUUUCCCAUCUAGAAUGGCACAGACAGCCAUGAAAAGUAGGCUGAAAGGUGCUCAGAGAGGUCACAGACUUCUCAAAAGAAAAGCGGACGCACUAACUGUUCGUUUCCGUGGCAUAUUAAAGCAGAUAAUCCAGGCAAAACAAGCAAUGGGGGAAGUGAUGAAAGAAGCCAAUUUCUCACUUGCUAGCGUCAAAUUCACUACAGCAGCAAAUAUUAAUAGUAUCGUCCUCCAAAAUGUUACUAAGGCUCAGCGGAAAGUCAAGACAGAUAAGGAUAACGUUGCAGGUGUGCAGUUGCCAGUCUUCAAAGUGUUUGUGGAAGGAUCUGACACAUACGAGUUAACGGGUUUGGCUGGCGGUGGUCAACAGAUAGACCGACUGAAGAAAAACUAUAGCAAAGCUGUCGACUUACUUGUUGAGUUAGCGUCUCUUCAGACCUCAUUCAUUACACUUGACGAUAUUAUAAAAGCAACUAAUCGCCGAGUAAACGCCAUUGAAUUCGUUAUCAUACCGAAAAUAGAGCGUACAUUGAACUAUAUUACACAAGAACUGGAUGAACGUGAGAGAGAAGAAUUUUACAGAUUAAAAAAAGUUCAAGAAAAAAGAAACAAAAUCGUGCACUAA